GCGUCCUCGUCGUUGUUGCGGCAGCAGCGGCAGCGGCAGCAGCUCCUCCUCCUCCGCUUCUUCUUCUUCUUCUCUCUCUCACCCCGGCGCCACUGCACCUCUGCCCGGGCAGCGACGGAGCCGCGUUGAGGAGAGCGUCACUCUGUUCAUUGAAAAGACAAGAGUCGAAUUUUCCAAUGCUCUCUCGUGCUCGUGGAGGAGCCUCUGUCGCCGCGGGCUAACUGUCGCCUCAACGUUAGCAUCGUCGCGAACUUUCCAAAACACCGCGCGCGUGCGUUCAACGCUGCGGGUGUUUGGGUUUCGAACAGCUGUUCUCCACGGGGGGGACUCGUGACCACGACACCUGGGUGGGAUUCGAACAGACCCAACACCCCACCCCGUGGACGUUUGCAGGAGUGCCAGGAUUCCCAAAAGGUUUACAUAAACAACAAUCAUCAUAUGGUGAAUGAACGAUGAUGCAAAAAAACCCCCAAUGCAAUACCAAUGACUGAAAGAAGCCCCAAAGCAUCGUAAGCAUACUUUGCUGUGAAAAACGUCUGAGGAAAAGCCCCUGUGCUUGCACCGGGAUCGUUUUUUGAUGGAGUGAGACAUCGUUGACAAGGGAGAUCACACCAGGUGAAGAAGCAAAUUUGAAUCUGCAUCAGCUGUGUAAUGGAUGGAAUAGACGCCUUGCAGAGCUCUGCCCCAGAGACCAAGGCUGAGCGAAUCGCCCGCUACAAAGCAGAGAGGAGGAGGGAGCUUGCUGAGCGCUAUGGCAACACAGAAGAGUUCACCUCCAAAUACGUCCGUCGGGACAAGAAAAUUGCCGAAGUGUCCGAAACGGUGUCCUCGGCCACUAAGGAUAAUGGAUCAGAGCCAGCGUAUGGCAGGAGGGGCCUCAGGAAUAAAGUGGUGGAACCCGAGGAGCACACUGAUGAUGAGGAAAAAGAGGCCACCACUCGCCUCAAAACAGACACAAUAACCUCCUCGAAAUCAGAGGCCGUUUCCUCCAUGAAGACAUCCUCGCAUUUCAGGCUACUGGAAACCGAUGACACCGAGGAACCGCAGGUCAAUGAAACACCUGUGGACUUGUCCAAGAGGUCUGCUACAUCCAAAAAAUCUAUUUUUAAGGACUUCGAGGGGGAAGGGGAUGGAAGCAGCCGCCGACAUGUUGACGACAGAAUUAAACGUCCGCCAAUGAGCAGUGACGAAGACGAAGCCUCUAGCAGGCUUCAUGAACCUGAUACAGGCAAGGCCAUGGAGGAGAAAGAGGCCUCAGGUGAACCUUCACGGCAAGAACAGCUUGAAUAUGUUGCCACUGCGGAGGAAAAAGAGCCUUCCAGUCUCAUUUCUGACAGAAAGAACCAAGACGCCUCUCCCCCUCCCUCUCCUCCCUACCAGCCUGCCUCUCUGCAGCGCCAAGACUCAGGGCCCCGAGGCAUCAAGGGAAUCCUAAAGAAAAGCCGCUCCACCAGUGUGGAGUCGGACCACAGCGAGGGCACGACGCCUGAGUGCCCGCCAGCCCGACAGAGCAGCGUCACUCUCAGCCACCAUGAGAGCGAGGAAAGCGAGGAGACGCAGGAGGGAGAGGAAGAGGAAGAGGAGCCGGUGGAGGAGGAGGAGGAGGAGGAAAUAGAGAAUGAGGUCUACGAGGAAAAUGACAGAGAGGAUGAGUCAUUAGCUGACGAUAUGGCGGACGGCGGGAGCUUCAGCAUCGACAGGCAACAGAGCGAGGUCAGCAGCAGUAACAGCGGAGGGAGCUUUGAGGAGAUGGGAAGCACCUCGCCCGAUGAAAGCCUAGAGAAGACUUCCACCCUGUCUGAGGAUGUUGAGGAGCUGGAGAGCAGUUUGGAUGGAAGUCAGGGCUCCUCGCUCAAACAGAGACUGGCUGAGUUCACUGGUAGAGAAGAUGAGAAGAAGGAUAGACUGAAGAAGCCGAAGCCAUCCGAGCUGAUCCAGACGCCACUGGCCAAUCGCUUCAGUCAGCUCCAAGACGCUGAACAUAGCUGGAGGAAAAAGAAGGCCGGUGUAGAUGUGGAGCCCAAGAUGUCACUGGUGGACAGGAUGAAGAUCCUCAAGCAGAAGGAGGAGCAGUGGAAGAACAAAGGCAAAGGAGCAGCCAACGACUCGGUCCAGUUCACCGUGGCCGGACGCAUGGCCAAGAGAGGUCUCGUCUCUGACACAGGAAAGGAGGAGUCUCCUCUGAUCUCUCUCAAGAGGUCUAAUUCCACACCUAAGAAGCCACAUGAAGAAAUCUCCAGUAGAACUGAUGUCAAGGUGGAAGGAGACAAAAGGCUCGACAAGCUUGAGUCCUUCCUUGACAAGCUCCAUAAUAAAGGUGUGGGCAAAGGCAAGACCUCCACCAUCGAGGUGACGGCAGAGACGGAGAAAGAAGUGAUGACCCUGGAUGACGAGGAGACGUUCGGCAACUUCUACAAAUCUGUGUCGAUACUCCACGACUCCAGCGUGGUGGUUACUGAGGAGGACCUCAGCCAGAUUCAGGCCAACACACCAAAGCUAACCUCAGCAUUAACUGAACACAAGCGUGCAGUGCGACCAGCCCGGAGAAACCAGGGCUCCAGGAACCCUCUGCGAGCUCUGGCCGCCCGCAACGACCUCCGGCAGGUUUACACCGAACAGAGGCUCAAUGUCGCCUCAGUGGAAACCAAGAGGAUCCAGGUGGAGAGGAUGGCCAAACACUCCAACCUGGCCGAUGUGGCCUUGGCAGGCCUCGCCAGCAAGGAGAACUUCCGCAAGGUCAGCCUGCGCAGCGUCAAGUCCACCGAUGUUGUGACCAACAACAGUGCACUUCCCUUCAACAAGCUCAUGCUUAUUCGCAUCAAAGGUCGGAGGCACGUCCAGGUGCGCUUGGUGGAGCCCACAGCUCACUCUCUAAACAGUGGCGACUGCUUUCUUCUCAUAACGCCAAAACACUGCUUCAUGUGGAGUGGAGAGUUUGCCAACGUCAUCGAGAAAGCCAAGGCAUCGGAGAUGGCAUCGUUUGUUCAGGCCAAGAGGGACCUCGGCUGUAAGGCGGCCCAGGUGACGAUGCUGGAGGAGGGUAUCAACACUGACAGCAGAUGGGCCAAAGAGUUCUGGAGUCUGCUGGGAGGAAAGACCGCAUACCGAGGGGCGGGGGAGCCGGAGGAAGAUGAACUGUACGAGAAUGGGGUACUGGACUCUAAUGGGGUGUAUAGACUCCAGGGAGACAAACUGUUGCCUCAUGAAGAUGCAUGGGCCUCCAUCCCGAGUGUCUCCAUGCUCGACUCUAAGGAGGUCUUGGUGUUUGACUUUGGCGGUGAAGUGUACGUGUGGCAUGGGAAAGAUGUGCCCUUGGGUGACAGAAAAGUGGCCGUCAAACUGGGCAAACAGCUCUACGCCGGCAGCUACGACUACAGCAACUGCAGAGUCAAUCCUUUAAAUGCCUCCUGCACCAAUGACGAUGUGCCCCAGCAGGGGGAGGGUCGUCCGAGCUGGGCUCUGUUUGGCAGGCUGUCUGAGCACAAUGAGACGGCACUGUUCAGAGAGAAGUUCCUGGACUGGGCCGAGAAGAAGAAAGAGGAAGCCGCUCAAGCUGAGGAAAUCAAGAGUCCAGUCCAUUCCGCCGUCCGCUCCCCACUCGACUUGGAACUGCAGCCUUGCGAUGCCAGAGCGCUGCUGGACAACGAGCCCGAGCCGGUGAAGUCUGUCCUGGAGGGAGUCAAUGUCCAGCGUGGACACGGCCUGGUGAGGACGGAGGACGGUCGGCAGGCUGAGCUGUCUACAGUGGCCGUGGACGCCUGGCACAUCAAGGAGCACAGUGAGGAGGAACUGCCCAAAGAGAGCCUGGGCCAGUUGCACGAGGGCGAUGCCUACAUCAUCCGCUGGAAGUACUCCGUCACCACACUUGUGGGGAAGCGGCAGAAACCCGGCGAGCUGAGUGCCGGGGCUCCUGGGAGAGAGAGGACAGCUUGUUUUUUCUGGCAGGGUCGACACUCCAGCAUCAGCGAGAAAGGAACCUCGGCUCUGAUGACAGUGGAGCUGGGCAGCCACAGGGGAUCGCAAGUGUUGGUGAGUCAGGGGAAAGAGCCACCUUGCUUCCUCCAGGUCUUCCAAGGAGGUUUGAUCAUCCACAAGGGCAGCAGAGAAGAUGGAGCCGACAACAUGGAUGGCUGGAGGUUGUUCUGUGUCCGCGGUGAAGCAGCAGUGGAGGCCUCGCUGGUGGAGGUGGACUGCCAGCGUGUGAGUCUGCGCUCACGUGCCAGCCUGGUGCUUCUUAACGCUCAGACAGCUCAACUCUACCUGUGGCACGGCUGUAAAGCACACGCCAGUGCCAGGCAGGUGGCCAAAAGAGCCGCGGACAAACUAGCCCAGAGGUGUCCCUCGGAGUUGGGUCUGAGCAGCACCAGCACUGUGAAGGUUGAGGAGGUGGAGGAAGGAGCUGAGCCCUCAGAGUUCGUGAAGGCUCUGGGCAUGAAGGAAAAGAAGGCCUACGACUGCAUGCUGCAAGAUCCAGGGAAGUACAACUACACCCCCCGGCUGUUCCGGCUGAGUGCCAGCUCUGGGGUUUUUGAAGGGGAGGAGCAGCUGUAUCCUGCUCGGGUGACGGAGGGAGUCGUGGCAAUGCCGUUCCUGCAGGAGAACCUCUAUGCCACACAACAGCCAGCCCUCUUCCUGCUGGAUAACCGUAUGGAGGUUUACCUGUGGCAGGGCUGGCAGCCUGAAGACACUCUGUGCACCGGCUCGGCAAAGAUGCGCUGGGACAACGAGAGGAAGUGCGCCAUGGAGACGGUGCUGCAGUACUGCAAAGAGAAGAGUUUACGGCGCCCCCCUCUGGCGUACCUGGUCCACGCAGGAUGUGAACCUCUCACCUUCACCAACAUAUUCCCCUACUGGGAGAAGGAUUCCAGUAUCACUUCAAAGGUGGAAGGCUCGAAGAACAAGGUGACCUUGGUGAAGGAUGCGCUGUCGAAGCUCAGUAAGCAGCAGUACUCCAUCGAGGAGCUGACCCGCAAACCGCUGCCCGAGGGAGUGGACCCUCUGCGCCUGGAGGACUACCUUUCUGACCAGGACUUCAAGACUCUUCUUGAGAUGAGUCGAGUUGAGUUCAACGCUCUGCCAAACUGGAAGCAAAAGAAUCUGAAGAAAAGCAAGGGUCUGUUUUAAAACAGAUGGUUUUGUACACAAACUCGCCUCUUCUUUACGUUCUCUGCAGCUUUUCUUACUUUAAAAAAACAAAAAAACAACAACAAUGUCCUUAUUUUGUAAAGGAAAAAGAAAAGCGAAUGUACAAUUUUGUUCAAAUGUUGAUCUGUUUUUAAUAACAAUCCCACUUUUCAUGUUUCCCUGUGUCAUUGAAAUAUUCUAGUCAAUACUUAUGUGCAAUUGUUAAUCUUUUUAAUGGCAAGAGAUUUUCCAUGUAUGGUCAACAAAAAAAAAGUUACCCUCAUAUUAUAAAUAUGUAAUAUACUAUGAAUGAAUGUUUUUAUGUUUACUCCAGACAUGUCGAUUUUUCGGGUGUUUUUUGUGAAAAUUGCCCGCGGUGUCAAACUGGGGGGAGUUAUUCAUCGAUUUCUAGAUUAACUCCAACACUGAGGUCAACAAAAGAAAAGCAAAGCAAAACAAAUCACAGUCCAGCGAACAAUCCCUGUAAUUUGUGGUCGAUUGACAGAAAAGUGGUGGUGUCAAAAUAAGACUGUAUUAUAAACGUCUUGUGCUUCGAUUGAAACGGCAAAGACAAAAGUUUAUAUCUUUUAACUUUUUUGUCUAUCAUGAAACCAAAGAGUAAAGUUCCAAAGAUUUUAAUAUUAACUCUAGCAGAAAUUGGUCAAAACCAAAACAUGAAAGUUUAACUUAGCAAUCAUUACGAUGUGAUGACUGACUCGUCAUCGUCGUACGAACUGACCCAUCCAGUUUGGUACUGAAUAGUUCCCGGUUCUCAUGAAUAACUGCCUAUUAACGGCUUACUUGGGACCAAACCUACUCUUUUUGUCGUAAAGUGUGUGUCUGUGUGUGUGUGCGCGCGGGCAUAUGUGUAAAUGUACAACGAAAAGUAUUAAGUGUGUGUAUGAGAGAGAAAGUGUGUGUGCAGUAUAAACUGCCUUUUAAAGCGACAUCUGUCCAUUCAGUGGUAUGUUUCUGUAUACUGUCAAUAUGUCUG